AUGUCUAUCCUCCUAGAAAGAGCCUCCAAGCCGCAGUCGCACUCUGGAUGCCUUGGCAAGUCAUUCAUCCAAUCGUCAGAAUUUGUUGCCUUUACUGUAUUUGUAGCAUUGGACUGGCAGGUAGGCUCCCCCAACAGCCCAGAGAAAUGGAUUGACACCUCGGACCUUUCAACCCACGCGCCUCUCUCUCGGUUCAAUCCGUUUAGUCUCUUUUACCACUCUUCCUCGCUCUUUCCCAUCCCUCUUGCCUUCCUUAGUCAAACACACCCACAUCCGUUCACCCUCCUGUCACCAGCUCACCGCAUUUACAGCACGGCACAGCACAGCACAGCAAAACACAGCACAGCUCUUGCCCUCCAGCUGCAAUUAGAUCCAGAUCCAAUUGCUGCCCGCUGCCCUCACGAGUCACCUUACCCUCUUCCACUGUCUGCAUCUCAUUCCAUCGGACCCUCCCAUUUUCUUCUCUCCACCCCACAGCCCACCCCCAAAAGUGCAGUCGACCUGCCACUGCACUUGCACUUGCACCUGCACCUGCACACCCCCAUCGGCUUUGCGGCUUGCCCUACCUUACCUCACAGGAUUAUAGUGCCCGAGGUACCGUCGAUUCUUCCCCACGAGGUCCAGUACUGCUGGCCUGAGCCUCGAAUCGAACCGGAUCCUCUUGUGAACCCGAAUCUGGUCCUGGAUCUGGCUGCACCACACAUGCAAUACGCCCUCUCCCGCCCUCUGCAGCUCACCUUCACCACGUCUUCCUCAAAGAAGAGAAAGAUCUCUCGCAAUCAGACGCGCACCAACGACACAUCUAAUCCAUCUUCUCCCAACACCGUCCUGCCGUCGUGCGAGCCGAACGACGAUCCAGCCUUCUCCUUCUCUGCCGCCCACUCCACCGACGGCCUGUCGACCCCUACCUACCUUCGAGGCGACUCGUACCCAGCAUCAAGCCUACCUGCGCGCCUGCAGACCGGUUCCCACGUCUCUGCCGAGUACGCUUCAAGCACAGCCGCCUCAUCACCUUGUGGUGUUGCCGACCUGUCCAUUGACAGCGACCGAGGAGGCGAUAUUUCUGGCACAGAGACUGGCACUGCGCUGACGUCUCAUUCAGCCAGAAGCCGGUCUCCCUUCAACGUUUCCCGCCGCGCCAUCAUGACCAGUGAUGCCAACCCUCACCAGCGUUCCUCCUCUCCCUUGAAACGAAGAGCCUCCAGCAUGGAUCCCGACGCCGAUGUCAGUAUGAAGGAGGAGGACGUGGAGAUGGCCUCCACCAACCAGCAGCAGCAGCAACAGUCAGCCGAGGAUGCCGAGUCAGCCCCAACUUCUUCCAAUACACACUUGCCUAGGGCCAUGAGUAUCGACUUGCCCGAUAAUGUUGCCAAGGGAGCAUCCAAAAAAUCCAAUGACAAGGAUCUCCCCCCUCUCGAGGAUCAAAUCAAGACCAUUCAGACCCUCCUCAAGGCUUUCAACGACGAACCCCCGAAAAUUGGCGAUGUCGCAUACGUUGUGUCGAGAUCAUGGGUAGAAAAGGCUUUGGCGCUUGGCGGAGACCCCAAGUUUGCCAAGAAAGAGACGACAGACGAGCCGCUAGGCCCUGUGGAUAACUCCGAUCUCAUUCUCGAGGUCCUGUCCCAGCCCAGCGGUGACGACUUUGUCCGGAUGAAGCCUGGUACUGGCAUGGAGGAGUGCGAGCUCUUCCCGGAAGACGCCUGGACGCUCGUCUCGGAGUGGUAUGGCGUCGGUGAGGGACAGAAGCCCAUUGUGCGCAGCGCUAUCAACGCGGCGCCCGACUCGACGAGCGAAAAGAACGUCAUGUUUGAGCUGAACCCGCCCGUCUUCACAAUCCACAGACUCUGGUCCAUGGCAAGCCCUUUCAAAAUUAAGGACGAGCUGAAGAGCAAGGAGCCCCUCGUCCUGGCCCGGAGUGCCACCACACCCUACCACCCAUUCUACAAGGAGCUGAAGGAGCUCACCGGUGUCCCUCUGGAUCGUAAGAUGCGGGUAUGGCAGCUUACUCAACAGCCCGAGGCGCAAGAGUCGUCACCCCGGUCUGCCCUCACACCGCCCGAUUCUCCAAACCCGGACAAGGACGGCGAGAGCUCGUCGGGCCCCUGGCAACGUAUGCUCGUGGAGGUGCCUAGCUUCACAAAGGUCAACGGCGGAGACCGACAGGUAGUCUCUGCGGUGGACCACACUACCAACCCCAACUACAACGGCAACUCUCCCCUCUCGGUCCACGGACUGAUGCAAGACAUGACCCUUGUGAUUGAUGAAGAAAUUGCGAAGAACGCAUGGGUCUCAACCUACUUCAAGAAUGGCAAGAAUGACAAGGUUCUGGCAUCUAGAGGCUCUGCCACGAGCCUGAAGGCCACCAGCAGUGGAAGAAGCAGCCCUGCUCCUCAAGGACCCGUUACCAGAGGCCGUACCCAGCAGAAGAAGAAACCUGGCCGGGGCUUAGGCGCCGUAGGUCUUCAGAAUCUUGGAAACACAUGCUAUAUGAACUCGGCCCUGCAGUGCGUCCGCAGCGUAGAGGAAUUGACAAAAUACUUCUUGACGGACAAGUACAAAGAGGAGCUCAACAAGGGAAACCCUCUUGGAUACAAAGGACAGGUGGCCAUGGCUUACGGUGGACUUCUCAAGGAGAUUUACAAUGAGUCGAGAGGUGCAGUCAGUCCCCGCGACUUCAAGAACACAGUAGGUCGUGCUCGCGCCACCUUCCAAGGCUGGGGUCAACAAGAUACCCAAGAGUUCCUCGGUUUCCUCCUCGACGCGCUGCAAGAGGACCUCAGUCGUAUUCAUAAGAAACCUUACAUUGAGAAGCCGGACUCGACAGACGACAUGAUCGGUGACGAGGAGGCCAUUCGUAAGAUGGCUGAGGAGGUAUGGGAUAUCACUCGGAAGCGCGACGACUCCGUCAUCGCAGACCUCUUCACUGGCUUGUACAAGUCCACUCUCAAGUGCCCGACGUGCGACAAGAUUAGCAUCACUUUCGACCCCUUCAACAAUCUGACUUUGCCGCUGCCCAUGGAGGACAUGUGGAGCCGGCCUGUCAAGUUCUACCCGCUCAACGACGUGCCUGUGAAGUUUGAGGUUGAGCUCCCGAAGCACAGUGCCAUCGAGUUGUUGAAGAAAGCGCUCUCAGAUAAGACGGGUGUGCCUGUGGAGUUGUUGAUGGGAGCAGAAGAGUUCAAGGGCAAGUUCUUCAAGGUCUACUCCGAUGCCACCUCGGUUUCAGAAGAGAUCCAGUCCAACGAUAUACCUGCCUUCCAUGAGCUGGAAUCGUCGCCGACCAACUACCCCCCUAAGCAGAAGAAGAUGGGCACGCCCAGGUCGAUGCUAGAGAUCAGCGAUGAGCCUUGGGUUGACCCACGCACUGAGCGUUUGCUGGUCCCUGUUCUUCACCGCAAGAAGACGGGCAACACUUACAGAUUGAGGGGGGACGAUAUUGCAGCCCCCCCUCACUUCAUCGUUGUUACGCCUGAGGAGUCCCGGAAUGAGGAUGCCAUUCGUCGCAAGGUCUUGGAAAAGGUGGCAACGUUCUCUACCUGGUCCGAGUUUGAAGAAACCGACGAAAGCACCGAAGCGGACAUGGUCAUCACAUCCCAAUCAGAUGCCGAUUCCUCAGGAGACAGUAAGGUUGUCUCUAACUCGGUAGAAGGCGAGGAUGACUUGGUGAACGUUUCUGUCGGCGCAGGCGAGCAACAGCAGACCCGGCGACCUACCCUGAAGCAGUUCAACGUUCGCCGCCCGAAGUGGGCGAGUCCCAAGGAGUACCUUCCGCCUCACCUCCAGAACCUGUUUGAGCUCAGCUUCUUUGGCGAGAGUAACGACUAUGGGUUGCCUGUGGGCUGGAAUACGGUGGACGACAAUAAGAACUUUCGUCUCCUGUCUUCUCGCGCCCCGGAACUCCCCAACGAAGACUCGAACAGCCCUGGCUCCACCAACGGUGCAGAUAGUGAGCACGAGAGUGUCAGCGAAGAGACCACACCGCAGUCGGUCGAGGAGCAGACCCGCAUGGCGGAUGAGUCGGAAGAGGACGAGCCAGUUCGCGUUAUCAAGCCGAUGAACCGAGGAAGGGGCAACCACAAGGUCGGUGGAGCUCGCCGAAAGAAUAACAAGGGCAACAAGACCUACGGGAAGAGGGGCGGCAAACGCCGCAACAGAGACUCGCGGAACAGCAAAGAGCAAUCGUUCCACGUGGUCGACGUUGAGCCUCAACCAUCGCCUGAGGAUGAUAUUCGCGGUGGCCCGCUCGUCCGUCUGGAUGAGGGCAUUGUCGUCGAUUGGUCCGAGGAAACUUGGGACUUGGUCUUUGGCAAGGAGUCACUGCGCGACACUGACGACAACCGCGGCUCAAAGACCUUUACCGAGCCAGAGGAGCUCAAGGACCCCAUCUUGGAACAGAAGCGUAAGUCGCGGAUGGCUCGCAAGAAGCAGGGCAUUACCCUUGAGGAGUGCUUGGAUGAGUUCGAGAAGGCCGAAGUCUUGUCUGAGCAGGACAUGUGGUAUUGUCCACGCUGCAAGGAGCAUCGACGUGCUAGCAAGAAGUUCGAUCUCUGGAAGACGCCAGACAUCCUCGUUGUCCACCUGAAGCGGUUUAGCAGUGCUGGCUGGCGCCGCGACAAGCUGGACGUUUUGGUUGACUUCCCCAUCGAGGGUCUCGAUCUUCACAAGCGUGUCCUCUGCCAGGAGACGGGCAAGGAAGAGAUCUACGACCUCAUCGCGGUCGACGAUCACUUUGGUGGUCUCGGCGGUGGCCACUACACUGCUUACGGGCGAAACUUUGUUGACGGCCAGUGGUACAACUACAAUGAUACCUCAGCCAGCAAGACUUCGCCUGAGAGCGUCGUUACUAGAGCGGCCUACCUGCUCUUCUACCGGCGUCGGUCCGAGGGCCCGUUGGGCGGCCCUCGCUUCAAGGAGAUCUUCGACAAGUUCGACAAGGAUGGAGAAGACGACGAUGAAGAGGAUACCGAUUCGGGGGAAGAUCAACGUCUCGUCGGGGGCUCCUCCCUAACUGGAUCGUCGAGACUUGGGAUCGGAGCCGAAGCAACUCACCCGCGCGGAAAUCGUGGUUUGGCUAGUAACACGAUGUCCACGGCCAACCUGGGUGCAGAGGAUGAUUUGCCACCUUAUGAGGGUAGCUCCAGCACCAACGUUGGUAGCGAGAACAUUCAAAACAGCAUUGAGGAUGAGGGCAUCGGCAUGACGGACUACAACGGAGACUCGACUGCGUUCUCAGCUACGCAGGGCUGGAACUGGAAUUCCUUGGAUUCCGCUGAUGGAACCAACAACUCCCUUGGUCUGGACGGCUACGGUAGCGACGACGCACAACCAGACUCGUCAGACGAGCGCGAAGUCGGCAACGACACUGAUAUGCAGUUCGAUGAGACCAUGGGAGAUUACGAGACCGCCCAUGACGAGGCGCCUCCGCCGCCCGACUUUGGCGCUCAGGUUGGUCUGUCAGAGAUCCAGACCGCCGCAUGGGCCCGUCAGAACAAUGCAGAGGUCAUCUCUGUGCCAGCUGCUGAUAACGAUACCGCUUCCACAGAGGCAGCUGAGAUCCACCUUGACGACGACGCAGAGGCGCAUGGACAGACUACUCGAAGAAUCCUGUUGCCCGCUUCGGCUUUGCAGGGAGAAAUGAAGAGACGCCUGGACGUAUACCAAGACGCGAGCACAGCAAAUGUGUCCAUUACCUACCAGACUGACCGUCAGGUCCGUGCUCCAUGGGUGGGUCUGCAACUCGGUCGACGGGGCAUCAGUUCUUCCCGACGAAUGACAGCAGGUGUAAUCAAAUGGUUCCGCGAACACCAAGCUAUCCCCAGAAACCCGAGACACACCGAAGCCAUGUUGUCGGCAUCCAGACGAGCAGCGACGAGCGCCCUGUCGCGGCAGCUCCGCGUCGCCUCGAGACCGUUUAGUGUGUCGACGACGGUCCGCACGACCGAGAGACCCGCCGUCGUCGAGAAGAACGAGGCCGCGACGCCCCAGGUCGCCGACAACACCGUCCCCGAGACGGUCGGACAGGCGCCGAACCGGUCGCUUGUCUGGUCGCGCAGCCAAAAGCCCCGCGCCGAGGCCAUGACUGGUCCGCGGUUUGAGCAGACUGAUUUCGCUCUCCAGGAUGAGGAGUCGAAUGGCUUGGAGAGUCAAUUGUUGGAGCUUCAGCUGCUGAAGAGGGCUGGGAAGUCUAUCACAGAACCAGGAACUGACCCACAACCUCACUCCGCGAUGGAGCUCGUUCACAAGGAGCCCGUCCGGUGGACUCACGCCCGCGUCGUGGCGUGCGAUGGCGGCGGCGGACCGUCUGGUCACCCUAGAAUCUUUAUCAACACUGACAAGCCGGAGAUUUCGAGCUGCAACUACUGCGGUCUUCCCUUUGCCAACGAGCACCACCGCAAGCACCUCGAAUCCCUCCCCGAGACCUCGGGUCGCCAGCUUUGGGACGAAAAGAGAGCGCUUAGACACCGUGUGCUGUGCGACGGGCUGGAAGCCGUGGGCUGUGUAGAUAUAGCAGGAUCAGAGUUGCUUCGGGUUAAACCAAUUUCACAAUUUUCAUUCAAAGAUGAGCAGAUGGUUGAGUUUUCGGGCUCUGAGGUGUUGGUUUGGUGCAGAAUGGCUGCUCUCUUGAAGCAUCGGGGGUUCAAAUGGCUUGACGGUGUAGACGUUCGCUGUUUAAUUUACCGGCAUCGUGAGAAGGACGUUGAUGAGAUGGCCAAUGCGGAUUGUCAUCAAGAUUCAUGGCUUUCUUGGCCGUCCCAAGAGCUAUUUAACAUUCAUCAUAGCGACAUUACACAGGAUUCAAUACGAAAAUCAGAAACCGUUGUCAAUGAUUUUCAAACAAUUUGCUUUACCCAAACCACAGGGUCUGAGGUCAUAUCAGCAUUACUUGCUACGUCUUUUGCAUGCGUUCCCUCUCCAGAAUCGUCCAAUCUGCUGCUUCCCCAAGGUAAUCUGACCUCACUUUAUCCAUCAAACCUGCCCCACCAGAUUGGAGACCAGCGCGGCGCCCGCAUCAUUUUCCACACUCCAAGCACGACCACAAUGUCUCCGACGACACCACAAACCAACCGUACCCAAACCUCACAGACGACGACCCUACUCAUCCUCUGCUUCAUCAUUAUCUGCCUCUUUCCAAACCUAUUUCACUUUCUCUGGAACCUGCCUCUUACAGCCCUAGGCUACGCAUUCUCGACAAGUAGCAGCAGCAGCAGCUCAAAACCCCCACGUCAUACCCCACCAACUACAACAACCAUGACGGGCUCCUGGUUCCAAAAGCAGUUCUCCCUGCCCGCCCGCUCGCGCGGCUCCUACCUCAUCACGGACGAGAUCGUCGGCGCCCUCCCGGAGCUCAAGAACUACAAGGUCGGCAUCCUCCACCUGUUUGUCCAGCACACGAGCUGCGCCCUCAGCCUCAACGAGAACUGGGACGACGACGUCCGCGCCGACAUGAGCGACGCGCUGGACCGCAUCGCGCCCGAGGCGGGGCCCAAGGGCCAGGAGCUGUACCGUCACAGCGCCGAGGGUCCCGAUGACAUGCCGGCUCACAUCAAGAGCGCUCUCGUUGGCGCGAGUGUUACCAUCCCGAUCAAGGAUGGCAAGUUGGCUACCGGAACCUGGCAAGGAAUCUGGUACCUGGAGUUCAGGGCCAGCAAGCACCAGCGCCGCCUGGUGGCCACCAUCCAGGGAGAGCCCAAGGCGUGA